UAACGGAGCAGGUGUGAUGCUGAGCAGAAGAGGUCUGUGUAGUUACAGUGAAUCAGAGCAGGAGCGCGUCAUGGGACUCCAGUGCGCCAGAGAGGAGACGCGCGAUCGGUGCGCCUGACUUACACACACUUUUCACGCAGUUUCUCACUAGUUCAGACUCGCAGAUCGGAUCCGUCUGAUUUCUCUGACUUUUCUCAAAGUAUUCUUUCUGGAAGGUCUUUUGAUCAGCAGACAUGAAUUCUACAUUUAACCAAACGGACAGCGGAAUCUUCUCCAACCGGACUGAGGAGAUCCUCCGGUGCUGUAACUUCUCGUCGGUGGUGACGGAUAGCGGCUUAUCGGCGGCGGCCCCGGAUGAGAGGAGUCUCUUCAUCAUGAGAAUAGUUCAGAUAGCGGUGAUGUGCGUCCUCUCCCUCACCGUAGUCUUCGGGAUCUUUUUCCUGGGCUGUAACUUGCUCAUCAAGUCGGAAGGAAUGAUAAACUUUUUGGUAACGGACCGGAGACCCUCCAAAGAGGUGGAAGCGGUCAUCGUCGGUGCGUACUAGAGACAUAUGAUUAGGAUUAUGCACUGCCAUGUGUACCACCUGAUGGACAUGCAUUUCGAUGGCCUCUCUGCAAACAGGACACAGUGUUAUGUCAUGCUAAAAAAACAACAACUAUUAUUUGGAAAUCAACUGAAUUAACGCACUCUC